GUUUGAGUUGGAGUUAGACUGGUCUUUGUUUGGUGCAAUUCCCAGAGCAAAUAGUUUCAAAUUAUGUCAGACUGAUCCAACUCAUACAACUAGAUUCCCCCUCAUACAUGGGUGGGACUUCAGGGGCUAAACAUGCUUUUAGUGUUCUUAUUAUCUUUCUCCUGUGUUUAAGCCAGAACCUAAGCUCUCAAGGGUAAGUUUAAUUUAGUUUCUAAAGGCUGUUACUUUCAUCACUGCAAAGUGUUUUUUAUGAGUUUCCCUUUCUGGGUUCUGCAUACUUUUUAAUGAUAGUUGAGAAUUUAUUGUCAAGGAAUCAACUUUUUUCAUGCUUGGUUAUAAGCUUUUUCAUCAAUGGAGGCUUUGAGGAGAUUAAUGGAGGAUUUAGUAAAAUACUCUUUGGUCAAAUCUGCAAUCAGAGUUUGAAGAAAAACAGGGUAUGGUUCUCGACAGAAGAAAGGCCCCACAGAAAUUGAGAGUCAUGGAUGAAGAAGGAUCUUUAUCUGGUAAUGGUGAAGUCCUUGAAGAAAAGCCAACUGGGCUCACCAUCAAGACUGCAACCUUAUCUAGCAAAAAUGGUAAAAACACUGAAUCUAUUUCAGAUUUGGCAUCUGCAAGCAUACCAAACUCCAUUGAACCUUCUCCAUUCAACUCUCCUUCCCUUUUGUCCCCACCUUCAUCCGCAUUUGUGUCUGCUUUACAGUCACCAUAUAUAUCACCCAGGGCCACAGCAAUACCUCCUAACGAUAAACCCCAACAAGAACCACCUAUAUCUACGCAUGUUCCUUCACAUUCACCGCCUGUCUCAUACAGGGGAUCACAGUCUGAUGACAUACCAAGCAGCUCCUACACGCCCCCAUCAGACCAGUAUGAAUACUCUGAUGACCCAUUUGAUCCAAAGCUCAAGUUUCUCCCUUGUGUUCCGGAACCUGCUCCUGCCCGUGUCUCGUUUUCAUUUCCAGUCCCUCGGAUUUCUUUCACCAAAGCUCCUGUUUCUCCUGCAUCAAAUGCUAAGCUUAGAAGCUGCGAUGUCUUCAUUGGCUUCCAUGGUCAACAUCCCAACUUGGUCCGCUUCUGUAAGUGGCUUAAAUCAGAGCUGGAGCUUCAGGGGAUUGCUUGCUUUGUUGCAGAUAGAGCUAAGUACUCGGAUAGUCAGAGUCAUGAGAUUGCUGACAGGGUUAUCUGUUCAGUGACAUAUGGAGUUGUGGUGGUCACCAAUUCUACUUUUCUCAAUCCCCUUAGCUUGGAGGAGAUUAGAUUCUUUGCUCAAAAGAAGAACUUGAUCCCAAUAUUCUUCGACAGAGGACCUGCCGAGAUAACGGGUCUUCUCUACUGCAAUUCAAUUGACAAGGAGUGCAAAGAAGCCAUUGAUGGUUUGAUCAAGUGUCAUGAGUCUAAGCUGGUAGCCAGUGAGGGAAACUGGAGAGGCUGCGUGAGUAAAGCUGCUGGGUUACUGCGAGCAAAGCUUGGGCGGAAGAGUGUGGCUGAGAAGGAUGUGGAAGGAAUGUUUGAGGAACUUCCAUUCCCAAGAAACAGGUAUUUUGUAGGAAGAGAGAAAGAGAUUACAGAGAUAGAAACCAGCUUCUUUGGUUGUUGUGAUUGUCUGGAGCGAGAUUACUCCCUGCAAACCAUGAAAGGAGAAGCAAGUGGGCAAUCUGAAGGCCUUGCUGAUGAAGAAAGUGAUACUGUCCCAAUGAGAGGUGGGAGGUUUAUUAAUUUGGAGUUGGAAAAGAGCAAAGAACCAACUUUGGAUUCAUGGGUUGAACCAAUUGCAGGUAGAAAUUCAUUCAAGAAAUCAAAAUGUAAGAAAUCAAGAAGUGGAAACUACAAGAGCUUGAGCAGCAGUGUCAUUUGCAUUAAUGGUGUCCGUGGGAUUGGGAAAACUGAGUUAGCACUUGAAUUUGCUUACAGGUAUUCACAGAGAUACAAGAUGGUCUUAUGGGUUGGCGGGGAAGCUCCAUACUGGCAAAACAUAUUGAAUCUGUCACUCAAAUUAGGGCUGGACGUGAGCGCCGAUGCUGAGAAGAAAGGGGCCAAAUUCGAAGCUUCGAAGAGCAGAAUCCGAAGCAUUCAAGAGGGUCAGAGGGAGCUGUUUCGCGACAUGCCUUAUCUACUGAUCAUCGAUAACCUUGAGACAGAGAAAGAAUGGUGGGAAGGUAAAGAUCUACAUGAUUUGAUUCCAAGGAACACAGGAGCUUCUCAUGUGAUUAUCACUACUAGGCUAUCCAAGGUGAUGAGUUUUGACACAAUCCAGCUUCCACCAUUGUCAGUAUCUGAAGCUAUGAUCUUACUGAGAGGAAAGAGGAAGAAAGAUUACCUAGACGAGGAGCUGGAGAUCUUGAGGAAAUUUGAUGAGAAACUAGGAAGAUUGACCUUUGGCUUAUGGCUUAUUGGAUCAUUGCUUUCAGUACUGCAAAUUUCUCCAUCUGCACUCUUUGAAGCUGUAAAUCAGGUCCCUCUGGAAGAAGAAUCAACUUCACCUUACACCAGCAUCAAUGAUGAACAAUACUGCAAAAACAACCCUUCCCUCACCAAAAUUGUAUCUUUUUGCUUUGCACUUUUGCAGCAGAUCAAUGGCAGAAGAAAUGCUGUUGCCUCCAGCAUGCUUCUUGUUGGGGCUUGGUUUGCUCCAGCACCAAUUCCAGUGAGUUUACUAGCCAAUGCAGCUAAGUUCAUGCCUAUUUCCAGAGAGGGAUUUCAUUGGUGGACAAAAUUCUUGGCUGUCACAUUUGCCUGUUGUGGCGGCUGUGGGUUCUCACCACAGAGUGAAGAAGAGUCUGCUCUUCUUCUAGUAAGACUAGGAUUGGCACGAAAGACGAACAGUGCGUCCGGAUGUUGGAUUCAGUUCCAUACUGUAACACAGGCAUUUGCUAGGAGAAAAGACUGCAUAUUGGCUCCCAAGGCUACAAUUCAAGCCAUAAGCAAAACUGGGAAUCCAUUGAUGAACUCAGAUCAUCUCUGGGCUUCUGCAUUUCUGGUUUUCGGAUUCAAAUCCGAACCUCCACGUGUCCAACUCAAAGCAAUUGACAUGGUGUUGUACAUUAAGAAAACAGCUCUCCCUCUAGCAAUCAGAGCCUUCACAACUUUCUCCCGGUGCAACUCAGCUUUAGAGCUCCUCAAGGUAUGCACCAAUGUCCUGGAAGAAGUAGAGAAGUCAUUCGUGUCACAGAUACAAGACUGGUGCCAUGGCUUACUCUGUUGGAGGAAGAAGAAGAAGUCCAAGAUGGGAGGCAACAACCAGAAAGUGGAUGAAUAUGUGUGGCAGGAUGUAACAUUGUUGAAAGCGACAUUGCUGGAAACUAGAGCUAAGUUGCUGUUAAGAGGGGGGCAUUUUGACAGUGGAGAAGAGCUGUGUAGGACGUGUAUCAGUAUCAGGACAGUGAUGCUGGGACAUAACCAUGCCUUAACCUUGGCGGCUCAAGAAACACUUGCAAGGUUGGUGAGAAUGAGGAGCAAGAUCUAAACAUACAUACAUACAUAUAUAUGCAAAUAUGUUUGUCAAUCCCAGAUUCCACCAUGACCCAUGUUGGGAAUAUCAGUUUUGGUUAUACUGUAAUGACCAUUAACAGUUUAGAAAGUUUAGUGAUCGAUUUGCAGAUAUAAAUAAACCAUGCAUUACUGCUUACGAAUUCGUUUGGUUGAA